AUGUCCCAAGACCAACGAACCUCGUACCGAGCUGGAGCCGGCUCGGACCCGUUUCUGCGGUCGCGUUCGCCCUCGCACGAGCGAAUGAUGGGCCAGGAAUCGCCCAUCCAGCCGCUCAACCGUCACCGACGAACCUUCACUGGGUUCACACAGCGACAGAUUGAGCACAUUGACAACACCAUUCCGCUGGAGAGCCGUCAGAUCUGGAAAAAGUUCUCGCUAGGUGAAUUCGGCGACAAGCAAGAGUUCCAACAGGAGUUUGUUCGUCAUGUGGAGACGUCCCUGGCCCGAUCUCUCUACAAUUGUGACGAUCUGGCCGCUUACCAGGCCGCCUCUCAAGCCGUCCGAGACCGUCUGGUGGUGGCUUGGAACAGAACCCAGCAGAAGCACACUCUGACCGACACCAAGCGGGUCUACUAUCUUUCUCUGGAGUUUCUCAUGGGCCGGGCUCUGGACAAUGCCAUGCUCAACACCCGGACCAAGCAAUAUGCCCGAGAGGGUGUCAAGGACUUUGGUUUCCGGCUCGAGGAUCUGAUUGAACAGGAGCCCGACGCUGCUCUCGGCAACGGCGGCCUGGGCCGUCUGGCCGCCUGUUUUGUCGACUCGCUGGCGUCGGAAAACUACCCCGGAUGGGGCUACGGUCUACGAUACGAGUACGGCAUUUUCAAGCAGAAGAUCAUCGACGGCUACCAAGUGGAGCAACCCGACUACUGGUUGACCUACGGCUCGUCGUGGGAGAUCCCCCGAAACGAAAUCUCCGUCGACAUUAUGUUCUACGGCUAUGUUCGGCACUACACCGAUGACGAGGGCGUUCACCGACGGUGCUGGGAGGGCGGCGACGUGGUGCGAGCGGUGGCAAGCGACUUCCCUGUGCCCGGCUACGGCACCGCCAACGUCAACAACCUGCGGCUGUGGAGCUCCAAGCCCGCCCAGGAGUUUGAUUUCGCCAAGUUCAACGCCGGAGACUACAUCAACUCCGUAUCCGAGCAGCAGCGUGCCGAGACGAUUUCCGCCGUGCUGUAUCCCAACGACAACUUUGACUCCGGCAAGGAGUUGCGGCUCAAGCAGCAGUAUCUGUGGGUGGCGGCGUCACUGAACGACAUUGUGCGUCGGUUCAAGAAGAGCAAGCGGCCUUGGCGUGAGUUCCCCGAGCAGAUUGCCAUCCAGCUCAACGACACCCACCCCACUCUGGCGAUUGUGGAGCUGCAGCGAAUCUUUGUGGAUCUCGAGCAGCUGCCGUGGAAGGAGGCGUGGGACCUGGUGGUUGAGACGUUUGGCUACACCAACCACACAGUUCUCCCCGAGGCGCUGGAAAAGUGGCCUGUUCCCAUGCUGGAGAACCUGCUUCCCCGUCACCUGGAAAUUAUCUACGACAUCAACUUGUAUUUCCUCCAAGAGGUCGAGGCCAAGUUCCCCAACGACCGGGAGCUUCUGUCCAGGGUGUCGAUUAUCGAGGAGUCACAGCCCCAGCAGGCACGAAUGGCCUACCUCGCCAUCAUUGGCUCGCACAAGGUCAACGGCGUGGCCGAGCUGCAUUCCGAUCUCAUCAAGAAGACGAUUUUCAAGGACUUUGUGGCUGUUUACGGCGGCGACAAGUUCAUCAACGUCACUAACGGAAUCACUCCCCGACGAUGGCUGCACCAGGCCAACCCCGAGCUGUCGGAUCUCAUUGCCUCCAAGAUUGGCUCCGGGUUUGUCAAGGACCUGUCGGAAUUGCGACAUCUGGAGAAGUUUGCUGACGACGAGGAUUUCCAGCGUCAGUGGAUGCUGGUGAAGCACAAGCGCAAGGAGAAGCUUGCGGCGCUGGUCAAGAGCCAGUCCGGCGUGGUUCUCAACCCGGACCAUCUGUUUGACAUCCAGGUCAAGCGAAUCCACGAGUACAAGCGCCAGCAACUCAACAUCCUCGGUGUGAUCCACCGGUACGUGGAGCUCAAGCAAAUGUCGCCCGAAGAAAGACGCAAGAUGACUCCCCGAGUUUCUCUCUUCGGCGGUAAGUCCGCGCCCGGUUACUACAUGGCCAAAACCAUCAUCAAGCUCAUCAACGACGUGGGCAAGGUGGUCAACAAUGACCCCGACAUGUUCGACUCGCUCAAGGUGGUGUUUGUCGAGGACUACAACGUGUCCAAGGCCGAAAUUAUCAUUCCGGCGUCAGACAUUUCGGAGCACAUUUCCACUGCCGGUACCGAGGCCUCCGGCACCUCCAACAUGAAGUUUGUGCUCAAUGGUGGACUCAUCAUCGGCACGGUCGACGGCGCCAACGUCGAAAUCACCCGGGAGAUUGGUGAAGACAACAUUUACCUGUUUGGUCAUCUCGCCGACGAGGUCGAGGACAUUCGUCACAAGCACAAAUAUGGCGGAGUCCAGGUGGGCAAGAAGUUGCAGCAGGUGUUUGAUUUCAUCCAGUCCGGCGCUCUGGGCGACCCCGAGAUCUACACCUCAUUGCUCCAUUCCAUCAAGUACGGUGGGGACUACUACCUGGUUUCUGACGACUUUGACGCCUAUCUCGAGGCCCAACAUACCAUCAACCACGACUUUAAGGACACCAAGGAGUGGGCUCGAAAGAGCAUUGUCAGCGUGUCUCGAAUGGGUUUCUUCAGCUCCGACCGAGCCAUUCGAGACUAUGCCGAGGGAAUUUGGAACGUGGAGCCUUCUCCUGUGGAAGAGUAG